UAAUACCGGACUCAUUCAUAUACCGGGGCUCAUUCAUAUACCGGGCUCACUAAACGAGUCAAACAGACGGACGUGUUGAAGUGUUUUAAAUCCCGUUUACAACUGGUUUCUGACUGGGACGCCAAUAGGAAUUCCCUGGUUUACUUGAUGUGUGUAUUCCCGUUUUGAGAAGAGAAAGAGUGUGUGAAGGAAACGUUUUCUCAUCUCGACCUCCGCUCCCGAAUGGAAAGAAUCUGGAAAUACAUCUUCGUCCUGAGCUCCACUGUGGGACCCGGAAUAUAAGAUUUACAAGAGUUUCUUGGAGGAUCAUUUAUUUGAAAUGGAUUCCUUCUUUGUAGAGGGGGCCCGUGUCUGGCUGCGGGACAAAGAGCUGCUCCUCCCUGCUACUGUCAGCUCCUGUUCCCACGACGACGGAUACCUGGUCCUUACAACCGACUACGGAAAGGUGAUGUGCCUGCAGCAGGGGGAGCUGAGCAGAGACAAGGUGUUUCCUAUGCAUCCCACCAGUAUUAAUGGAGUAGAGGACAUGUCUACUCUGGCAGAACUACAUGAAGCUGCCAUCAUGUACAACCUUUACCUGCGCUACCAGACGGACUGCAUCUAUACCAACAUAGGCUCUAUCCUAUCAGCGGUGAACCCCUAUAAACAGAUCCCAGGUCUGUACGACCCAGCAGCAGUCGACCUGUAUAGCAGACACCACCUGAGAGAGCUGCCCCCCCACAUCUUCGCUGUGGCCAACGAGUGUUACCGCUGUCUCUGGAAGAGGCACGACAGCCAGUGUGUUCUCAUCAGUGGAGAGUCAGGAGCAGGAAAGACAGAGAGCACCAAGCUGCUGCUCCAGUUCCUGUCUGUGAUGUCCCAGAAGUCUGCCGGGACAGCCCAGUCUGAGAGGAGUACCCGCGUGGAGCAGUCCAUCAUACAGAGCAGCCCCAUCAUGGAGGCGUUUGGGAAUGCCAAGACUGUGUACAACAACAACUCUUCCCGCUUUGGGAAGUUUAUCCAGCUCCACUUCUCCCAGAGUGGGAACAUCCAUGGAGGCUGCAUCAUAGACUAUUUACUUGAAAAGAACCGUGUGGUGAGACAGAACCCUGGAGAGAGGAACUAUCAUAUCUUCUACGCUCUGCUGGCCGGGGCCGACGAGGACCACAGAGAGCUGUACUUCCUGACAGAGGGCCCAGAGUCGUACCACUACCUGAGUCAGUCUGGCUGUGUGAAGGACAGGAGUCUAGAUGACCUGAAGCUAUAUGACAGUGUAAUGGAGGCUCUGAAGGUGAUGCAGUUCAGCGAGGAGGAGAUACGUGACGUCUUCAAGCUGCUGUCUGCUGUUCUUCUGAUGGGGAACAUAGAGUUCAUGACCGCAGGAGGAGCACAGAUCACCUCUAAAGGAGUGGUCAGUAAUGUCUGUGAUCUGUUGGGCCUGGACUCGUUCCAACUGUCUGAGGUUCUGACCCAGAGGUCCAUGAUCCUGAGAGGAGAGGAGAUCUGUUCACCCCUCACUGUGGAACAGGCGGUGUGCUCUCGGGACUCGGUUGCCAUGGCGUUGUACGCCCAGUCUUUCUCCUGGAUCAUCACACGGAUCAACCAGAAGGUCAGAGGGAAGGACAACUUCAAGUCCAUCGGUAUCCUCGACAUCUUCGGCUUCGAGAACUUUGAGGUGAACAGAUUUGAGCAGUUCAACAUCAACUACGCCAACGAGAAGCUCCAGGAAUACUUCAACAAACACAUCUUCUCCCUGGAACAGCUGGAGUAUAACAGAGAGGGGAUCCAGUGGGAAGCCAUAGACUGGAUGGAUAACGCAGAGUGUCUAGACCUCAUAGAGAAGAAACUGGGCAUGUUGGCUCUGAUCAACGAGGAGAGUCGCUUUCCUAAAGGCACCGACUACACCCUGCUAGAGAAACUACACAGUAGGCACGCUACUAACCACUACUACAUGAAGCCCAGAGUGACGGAUCAUCAGUUUGGCAUCAAGCACUAUGCUGGAGAGGUUGUGUACGACGUCAGAGGGAUCCUACAGAAGAACAGAGAUACCUUCAGAGAUGACAUCUUAAACAUGCUCAAAGACAGCAGGCUUGACUUCGUCUAUGACCUGUUUGAGCGUGUUGGGAGCAGGAACGGAGAGGAGACCAUGAAGAUGGGGACGGCCAGACGCAAACCCACCGUCAGCUCUCAGUUCAGGGACUCUCUCCAUUCCUUGAUGAACACUCUGAGUGCAUCCAACCCGUUCUUCGUGCGCUGCAUCAAACCCAACAUGAACAAGAACGCCAACAUGUUUGACCCAGAAGUGGUCCUGAACCAGCUGAGGUAUUCUGGGAUGUUGGAGACAGUGAAGAUCCGCAGGGCUGGGUUUCCUGUCCGCAGGACUUUUGAUGACUUCUACAGCAGGUACAAGAUGAUCCUGAAAGACGAGCGUCCAACAGACGACCAGAGAGGGAUGUGCACAGAACUGCUGAUGUCAUACGACCCCGCCAAGAGAGACUGGCAGCAGGGGAAGACUAAGGUGUUCCUGAAGGAAGAGCUGGAACUCAGGCUGGAGAAGGAGAGGGAAGAGGUGCGGAGACAGGCGGGAAUGGUGAUCCGGGCACACAUACUCAGCUAUGUGGCAAGGAAGCGCUAUAAGAAGGUGCUGGCCAGCACCGUCACUAUCCAGAAGAACUACAGAGCUCACUUCUGGAGACGCCUGUUCCUUCGUCUCCGCGCCGCAGCUGUCAUUCUACAGAAACGCCAGCGUGGUCGGCUGGCCCGAGGCCUCUAUCGCCACCUCUCUGAGGAGAAGAAGAGGAAAGAGGAGGAGGAGGAGAGAAGGCAGGUAGAGGAGGAGGAGGAGAGGAGGAGGCUGGAGGAAGAGAAGAGACGAGAGGAGGAGGCGACACGGAGGGUGUUGGAGCUGGAGGAGGUGAUGAGGAAGGAGGAGGAGAGACGGAGGAUGUUGGAGUUGGAGGAGGUGAUGAGGAAGGAGGAGGAGAGACUGAGGGUGUUGGAGUUGAGGAAGGAGGAGGAGAGAUUGAGGGUGUUGGAGUUGGAGGAGGUGAGGAGGAGGAAGGAGGAGGAGAGACUGAGACUACAAAAGGAGCAGGAAGCAGCGAAGAGAAAGGAGGAGCUUUGCAACGGACAGCAAGUUGAAGACGCGGAGAGCGCUACAGCCAACAACAGGAACUCCCUGGGGAUGGAUUCCCCUGCUCCCCAUAAGGAGGUGUCCCUGCACCCCCACACGUCCGAGGAGGAGUCCCGUCAGAUGGAGGAGAUCUACCGGCUGGAGAAGGAGAUUGAGAGGCUGCAGCGCCAGAAGGAGGACGGGGUGUCCAUGUUAGGGGACGGUCUGGGAGGGAGCAGGGAGGAACUCCGACAGAGGAGAGACGCGGAGAUCUACCGGCUGGAGAAGGAGGCGUCGCGCGUGGCCACUGAGUUCCUGGAUCUCCUGGACUUUGGGGGUCUGGAACAGAGUCUGUCCAGCGAGGAGAACCUCAACGACCCCUCGGAGAGCACCGCUCCCCUGGCCCCGGUCGAGGAAGAGGAGGUGGACGAGGGCUUCCAUGCUGAGGAGGAGUGUCCCGGUAACUUCCCUCUCGCCGCGGAGUUUCCUCUGGACCAAGAGGUCUUCUCCACUCUCCCUCCAUCUCCCGCUGCCUUCGCUGAGAGUCUGGUAGCACAUGCCCUGGCCCUCUCACAGGCUCCGUGUUGCCCCCCUGUUUACUACCCCCUCACCUCUAUUGCCCCUACACACCACCUUGCUCCUCCUCUCCCUGCCCUCACCAACGGACGUGGUAAGGCUCUCUGUCACCAACCCACCAGGAGAAUAGAGGUGGCUCCAGAGAUCGACAGUGUACCCAGAAGAGUGGACCUGGUACACGACAGACCCUGCGCCAGGGUAGACGUUACGCCAACUAGAAGAGACCUGGUACCCUCCAGAUUCCCAGAGGCUGUGCCAGUCAGGAGAGUAGAGCUAGUGCCCACUGUGCCUGUCCCAGUGCCCACUGUGGUGAGAGAGGAGGCGUCAUUCAGCAUCCUACCAGACACGGAGUCAUACUGCGACCAGGAGGAGUUUGAGGAGGUGCAGGGGAGUACAGGCUCGGGAGACGGAGCCAGUAUGACGGACGGACAUGCUACUGAUGGGGACGUGUUGAGGAAAUCAUCCUGUACUCAGAACAGCCUGGACUCCUUCAGAGGCAGCUCAGACUCUUUUAUAGACAGUGACACAAGCAACGAUGACUAUGUGGACACAGACGAGGAGGUGUCCAACGGGAGGGUGAAUCUUCUGAACGGCUCUGGGCCUCCGUACUUCCACAGCUACCUCUACAUGAAGGGUGGACUGAUGAUCCCGUGGCGACGGAGGUGGUGUGUAUUGAAGGACGACACCUUCAUGUGGUUCAGGGCUAAGCAGGACAGUCUGAAGAGUGGCUGGCUGUAUAAGAAGGGCGGUGGGAUGUCCACUCUGUCCAGAAGGAACUGGAAGCAGCGUUGGUUCGUACUGAGGGACGAUAAACUCAUGUACUUUGAGAACGACAGCGAGGAGAAGCUGAAGGGGACCAUCGACAUCCGCGCCGCCAAGGACAUAGUGGAUAACCACGCCAAGGAGAACGCUUUGAACAUCGUGACUGAAGAGAGAACCUACCACAUCUACGCAGAGACUCCUGAAGACGCCAGUGGUUGGUUCAACAUGCUGAGUCGUGUCCACGGUGCCAAUCCAGACCAGCUGAUGGAGAUGAGCCACGAGCAGGCCAACCCCAAGAACGCUGUGGGAACUGUGGAUGUUGGAUUGAUCGACUCUGUGUGCGCCUCCGACAACCCUGACAGACCCAACUCGUUUGUCAUCAUCACUGCUAACCGUGUGAUCCACUGCAACACUGAGAUGCCUGAAGAGAUGCACCACUGGAUCGGCCUGCUGCAGAAACCGAAAGGAGACGCCAGGAUAGACGGGCAGGAGUUCUUCGUCAGAGGUUGGCUUCACAAGGAGAUCAGGGCUAAGAGCACUAGUCUGAAGCUGAAGAAGAGAUGGUUUGUUUUAACCUCUAAUUCUCUGGACUACUACAAGUCUUCAGAGCGCAACGUGUCCAAGCUGGGGACCCUGGUCCUCAACAGUCUCUGUUCUGUGGUCCAGCCCGACGAGAAGGUCUUCAAGGACACAGGUUACUGGAGCAUCAUCGUCCACGGCCGGAAACACUCGUACCACCUCUACACCAAGCUGCUGAACGAGGCUAUGCGCUGGGCGUCGGCCAUACAGGGGGCUGUCGACAGCAAGGUUCCCAUAGAGACACCCACACAGCAACUCAUCAGGGACAUCAAGGAGAGCAGUCUGAACGUGGAAGCUGUGGAACAGACGUACUGGAGGAACCCUAUCCUCAGAUAUACCCAGCACCCGCUCCACUCCCCCCUGCUGCCUCUGCCUUACGGGGAGGUCAACAUCCACCUCCAAAAGGAGAAUGGCUAUGCCAGCCUGCAGGACGAGGCAGUGAAGAUCUUCAACUCUCUGCAGGAGAUGGAGUCGGUGUCUGAUCCCGUCCCGAUCAUCCAGGGUAUCCUCCAGACCUGCCAGGACCUACGCCUGCUCCGAGACGAGGUCUACUGCCAGCUCAUCAAGCAGACCAAUCACGUGCCUCAGCCCAACAGCUCGGCCAAUCGCGCCCACUGGCACCUCCUCUCCUGUAUGAGCUGUACCUUCCUGCCCAGCCGGGGCAUCCUGCGCUACCUCAAGUUCCACCUUAAAGGGGUGAAGGAGCAGUUUCCCGGAACAGAGGUGGACAUGUUCGCCCAUUUCAUAGGCGAAUCUCUGAAGAGGACUAAAGUCAGGGACUAUGUUCCGUCUCAGGAGGAGAUCGUAGCCUUACUGACCCGGCAGGAAAUGACUACUACGGUCUACUGCCACGGAGGCGGAUCCUGCAAGAUCUCCAUUAACUCACACACCACCGCUGGAGAGGUUGUGGAGAAGUUGAUCCGAGGCCUGGCCAUGGAGGACAGUAGAAACAUGUUUGCCCUGUUUGAACACAACAACACUAUGGACCGGGCUGUGGAGAGCAGAGUUAUCGUCGCUGACGUACUCGCCAAGUUCGAAAGGCUGUCAGGCAGUGAGGAGGAGGAGGAGGAAGGACAGUGGAAGCUCUACUUCAAACUCUACUGUUUCCUGGAUGUAGAGAACGUGCCCAAGGAAGGGGUGGAGUUCGCUUUCAUGUUCGAACAGGCCCAUGAGUCUCUGACCAACGGUCAUUUCCCUGCCCCAGAAGACACCCUGCAGCACCUGGCUGCUCUCAGACUCCAGUUCCUCCACGGGGACAAGGCCCGGGGCAGCUGGUCUCUGGACAACGUCUACCCUGUAGGGAGGCUCCGCUCACGUAUCCUGCACUUCACCAAGGUGGGCGCGGCGGGGCCUGGGGGCCAAACCCUGGAGCGGAGGCGGACCAGCUUCCUGGACGGGACCCUGCGCCGCAGCGGGCUGAAGACAGGCUCCAUGAAGAAACAGAAAAUGGAGGAGGAACAGAUGCUGGAGAUGUGGGUGAAGGAGGAGACUUCAGCCACCAGAACCUCCAUCGUAGAGAAGUGGUCCAGACUUCAGGGACUGGACCAGCACACUGCCAUGCUCAAAUACAUGAACAUCAUUAAGGAGUGGCCCGGAUAUGGGUCCACACUGUUCGACGUAGAGUGUAAAGAAGGAGGCUUUCCUCACGACCUGUGGCUCAGUGUGAGUGCAGAGAACGUUUCAGUCUACAAGAGAGGAGAACCCAAACCUCUGGAGACUUUCCCCUACGAACACAUCAUCUUCUUCGGAGCUCCCCAGGCCACUACUUAUAAAAUCACCGUGGACGACAGAGAGAUGUUCUUUGAGACGCCUCUGGUUGGCGAGAUCACUAAAAUCAUGAAAGCUUACAUCAGCAUGAUAGUGAAGAAGAGAUGCAGUGUCAGAUCUGGGUCCAGCUACGGAACCAACUGGAUCAGGUGAGAACUGCGACACAAGGCUAAAACUGCAAGGCUAACCAGCAGGGUACAUGACAAGACAAGUUUCAAGACCUAAAAGUCCAUGAAGACAGGACCUGUUCUCCUCAACUCAGAUGUCCGAGGUCAGACUGCUGUUCGGCUACUCCAGAACUCGUCCGACUCCGCCGUCCCUCGGUGUGGGGUACGCCGAGCUAACAUUCAAAACGUUUUACAACGUGUAACGCUAAAGGCUGGUAUUGUGUUCCAUUUCGUAUUGCUAUUCUAUAGCUGUCGACAAGAGUGGAUACCACCUUAUCUUCUGCUAUUAUUUACAUCCAUUUAUCACUAGUAUGGACCAAUCAAAAUGUUCUGUCCUAUUUUUAUAAUUGGCAAGUGUUAUUAUUAUUAUUAUUAUUAUUAUUAUAAUAACAUAUGUUAAUGUAUGGGCACCCAACUAUACCGUUAUAUAUUUACAAUGAGAGGAAGUUAUUUGUCUAAAGUAGGUUUGAAAGACUUCUCCCUCAGGUUUUCUGAGCAAUAAGAGUUGAAUCCCAAAACCAAUCACACAGCCAGGGAGUUAAACCUCUUUACAUUACAAUGCCUUAAAUAAACAGGUUUCACUGCUUCCAUCCAUGUUGUUGUUCAUCUACUUUGGACUGGGAGUAACAGUUUUGACUUUCAGCAAUGGCAUCCCCAAGCCAGGGUUAAUAGCUUGAUGGUUAUAACCAGUUAUAAUGCUAGUGGCAGAAGUUGCUAUUCUAUAGCCUGGUCCCAGAUCUGUUUGUCCUUUUGCCUACUCUGAUUAUGAAGCUAAACAUGUUUGAAAUAACAAUUCCAUAAGAAGUUGGCAAACGAACAGAUAAGCAGGCUGGUGCCUAAGCUAACCAUUCUACCCAGUGCCUGAGAAGCAGGUUUUAACUCUGGUGAAAUAACACUUGUAUUUUAUAAGUCAAAUGUAACUAAAACAAACCAAUACAUAAUCCAUUACUACUAUAUUAAGGUUAUUAUUUAUUUAAAAUAAAGGCAGUGGUUAAUAUAGAGCAUUAUAGAGCACAUCAUUAUAGAAUUUAGUCUGAGGUAUUUUGAUUUGAAACCAGUUUUGUCCUUGUAAUGAAAUGUUUUGUGACUGAAACUGUUGAAAGAGAGCGUGACGUGUUGAUGAAACGAACAGGAAGGUACUUCCUGGUAACUUCUGUUACUGAAGUAUUGUUGGUCACAAGCUAUAGAGCAGGGUUACCCAUUUGGCAACCCAACUUUUACGAGCAUAUAUACACUGAGGAGGGUCCAUUAAUUUUUUUUUAAAUUGUUGGACACAUGACUGUGAAAAACACAGGCAACUCGGCUCCAAAUCAUUAGAAUUGUGGAUAUCUGUUCUAAAGUAUUCCCACACCUGGACAAAACAUUAAGAACACCUUUUCAUAUUGCAUUUCACCCCCCCCCCUUUGCCUUUAGAACAGCCUCAAUUUUGUCGGGGACAUGGACUCUACAAGGUGUCGAAAGUAUUUCACAGGGAUGCUGGCCCCAUGUUGACUCCUACGUCCUUCCACACUUGUAUCACCUGGUCAGUCUGUCAUGGAAAGACCAGGUGUUCAUAAUGUUUUGUAAACUCAGUGUUUAUAUAUAUAUAUAUAUAUAUAUAUAUAUAUAUAUAUAUAUAUAUAUAUAUAUGUAAUUGUAAACAAAUGUAAGCAAGGUUUGAAAUUAUUAUAUCUACAAAGUAUUUAGAAUUAAUUAUGUUCCAGCUCUCUGACCAUCCAUUCGCUCAAGAAACAAUAUCGUCCCGCGUCUGAACGUCGUCGAUGAUCCUUGCUAUAUUGUGUGUCGUCAUGGGAUAUUUAUUAUGUGUUAUUCUACUAGUCAGGAAGAGAGGGUCAGGAGGACUCGCCAAGCAAACACAGUGAGUCGCGUAGCGCUGCGCUAACAGACGAAGCCCUACAGGUGAGAGUAGAUGGGAGGUGGCCUCCGACACCCAGCCUUGUAAGGUGAAAGCUAGUGACAGGAGGCUAAGAUGGAGGCUAUGUGGCGUUACAAUGCACGUAGCCCUGGGCUGAGAACUGGAAUAAACACCAACAUCACAUGCAGUAAAACCGGGCUAUAGUGUGUUAACAUUGUGAUGAUAACAUUGUGAUGAUGAUAACAUUGUGAUGAUGAUAACAUUGUGAUGAUGAUAACAUAACAUUGUGAUGAUGAUAACAUUGUGAUGAUGACAACAUUGUGAUGAUAACAUAACAUUGUGGUGAUGAUAACAUUGUGAUGAUAACAUUGUGAUGAUGAUAACAUUGUGAUGAUGACAUAACAUUGUGAUGAUGAUAACAUUGUGAUGAUAACAUAACAUUGUGAUGAUGAUAACAUUGUGAUGAUGAUAACAUUGUGAUGAUGAUAACAUUGUGAUGAUAACAUAACAUUGUGAUGAUGAUAACAUUGUGAUGACAUAACAUUGUGAUGAUGAUAACAUUGUGAUGAUGAUAACAUUGUGAUGAUGAUAACAUUGUGAUGAUGAUAACAUUGUGAUGAUGAUAACAUUGUGAUGAUGAUAACAUUGUGAUGAUGAUAACAUUGUGAUGAUAGCAGUGGUGUAAUAACAUGACAUUGUGAUGAUUACAUUGUGGUAACAUGACUAUAUAGGGAAUAGGGUGCCAUUUCAGCUGCUGGUAGCCACACCUGUACCAUUUUAUCUUUUUUGCUUUAGUUUAUUUAGUAAGUAUUUUUUCUUAACCAACAAUGCAGUUUUAAGACAAAUAAGAGUCAAGUAAGCGUUCCACAUUAUGACAAAUACAAAUUUGAUUUGCUCAUGACUGUUCCCCUUUAUAAUUACUGUACUUUUCUGCUUGGCUGGAGAGAGUUAAACAAUCUGGUAAAUAUUUUUGUUGUAACUGGAUUUACAAAAUGCUUUAAUAAAUGACUAUUUCAUAA